AUGUCGGACUGUCUCCGUGAGGGAGGAAUGCCGGUAGGCAGCUCGAAGCGAUGGUAUAAGGCGGGAAUGGAGGGGCUAGGCCUAUGCCCCCCUGGGAUUUACGUUCCCGUGGUCUCACUAUACAAGGCCACCAAACGACAGGAAGUCGAUUAUGAUGCCUCUUACAAGUUGUUCUCUCACUUAAUCCGCGGAGGCUUGGAUGGGCUGGUACUUGCAGGAACCAACGCGGAAGCCGUUUUGCUCUCUUCCGAAGAGCGCAAGGAAUUGGUCAAAAUUGCGCGCAAAGCUGCGGUGGAUAUUGGACGUCCAAACUUCCCGAUCGUCGCUGGGAUCAGUGGACAGUCAACUAAUGAAUCAAUUCGCCUUGCUGAGGAUGCUUUGAGCGCAGGUGCAGACUUCGGCUUACUACUACCACCGAACUACUGGGCGAAGGCCGUGACUAAAGAUGCGUUACUCGGAUUCUAUCGCGAUGUUGCGGAUGAGACUACUCUCCCGAUUGUUAUUUACAGCUUCCCAGCCAUGUGCAAUGGUGUCGACAUGAACUCCGAUAUCCUUUCCGAACUCGCAAAACACCCGAAUAUAGUUGGCGUCAAGCUGACAUGCGGAAACGCCGGGAAAGUGACAAGACUCACCCAGGAAUAUAAGCACGAGCAAUUUGCAGUAUAUGCUGGUUCCUCUGACUGGUUACUACCUUGCUUGAUAGGAGGUGGUGGUGGGUGCGUCACUGGAAUCGCCAACGUGUUUCCGAAAUCCGUUUCCAGACUCUAUGCUUUGUGGAAUGAGAGCAAGAUCAAAGAAUCUCAAGAGCUUCAGGGGUUGGUGGCUCAGGCUGAAAAAGCCUGCAAAGAAGGAAUUGCGCCCACAAAGUAUGCCGUUGGAUACUUCGCUGGCUCGGCUGCUGGUAUUGUCGAUCCAAAGACAUUUUGGCCACGUAAGCCAUAUCUUCCUGUGGAUGGAGUGAAGGCAGCCUGGGUGGAAAAGGUCAUGCAAAGUUUGGUUCAAAUCGAGCAGAGUUUGCCUGAUGCUGUGUAG